UUUUAAUGAUUGUUGUUCAUAAGGUGUAAGGCCAAAGGGAUAAUCAAUAAUUAUAAUAACUAUUAUGAUUAAUAAUAUCCGGUAGCGUUAAUUCUUACGUGUUAUACAGAAACUACCGAAGAAAGAAAAUAAAUCUGAAGAUUAUAACUAUGCAUUCGUAGAAAGCACUGUGGAUUCUUCUUCCUUCGUUCUUCUUUUCUCUGUUUCAGAAACAACCAAAACGCGCGCGCGUGUGUAUCAGAUUCAAUAUUCAAAGAAGAAAUGGAAAUUCCAAAGAGAUUCAAAGGAAAAGUUGCGAUCGUGACCGCUUCAACACAGGGAAUUGGUUUUAGCAUAGCCGAGAGACUUGGAUUGGAAGGUGCUUCUGUCGUUAUCUCUUCUCGUAGACAGAAAAAUGUUGAUGAGGCUGCUGAGAAACUUAGGGGUAAAGGAAUUGAUGUGUUUGCUGUUGUUUGUCAUGUGUCCAAUGGUCAACAGAGGAAGGAUUUGAUUGAUAAAACUGUCCAGAAGUAUGGAAAGAUAGAUGUUGUUGUAUCCAAUGCUGCUGCAAAUCCUUCUGUCGAAUCCAUCCUGCAAACACAAGAGUCGGUCCUUGACAAAUUAUGGGAAAUAAAUGUCAAAGCCUCUAUACUUCUUCUGAAGGAUGCAGUUCCUCACUUGCAAAAGGGUUCAUCUGUUGUGAUCAUUUCAUCAAUUUCUGGUUAUAACCCACCAGCUGCUAUGGCUAUGUAUGGAGUGACCAAAACAGCCCUUUUUGGACUUACCAAAGCCCUUGCUGCUGAGAUGGCCCCUAACACUCGUGUAAACUGUAUUGCUCCUGGUUUUGUACCGACUAAUUUUGCUUCAUUCAUUACCAAUAAUUCUGCUAUGAGAAAGGAGCUUGAACAGCAGACAUUACUUAGAAGGCUUGGUACAACCGACGACAUGGGUGCUGCUACGGCUUUUUUGGCAUCUGAUGACGCGUCUUACAUAACAGGAGAAACUAUAGUAGUUUCUGGGGGAAUGCCAUCGAGACUGUAGCUUACAUUUUCAUCUCUUGCUAGGCUUCUGUUAUGGGUCUAAGCCCAAAACGUGAUGGCGAAGUGGGUAUACAUAGCAUGUUUUCAAUACUGUAAGAAUAAUAUCAUCGAGCUGGCUUUUACUUUAGUUAUGAGAUAGGGAUUGUUCCUUAAUAAGGGGGGAAAUAAUAGUUAUCAAAUGUUUUACUUUAAAUAAUGAAUAAUCUGAAAAACAUAAACCAGUUUUGUGUUAAAAAUGUCAAUUCUGUUAUGACUGUUAUUUUCUGUUGACCA